AUUAAGGGUAAAUACCCUUAAUUUAAGAUUUUUGUUCUACUUUCAAGAUUUUUGCAGUGUAGGAAUAAAUCUCAUUGUAAUAUUAUAGAACUUUGAAUAAUCAUAUGUUAACCUGCAAGAGGUAUGUCCAUCAUUCAUAUUUUGAUCAGUCCAACAGAUACAGUAUCCUUUUAAUGAGCUGCAGAACUAAGGUGGAUUCUUUAGUGCGUCGUCCCAGGAAUAUCUGAAUGUCAUUCUUAUGGCUAGGAACAUUUUAUUAAAGGAGAUCUUCCAAAAAUCCUUCCCAUGAGUCUAUUAAAUGUUAAAAGGAUUUGCCAUUCAUGCACAAUAUUUGAUUCUUCCCUUCCUUAAUAAGGAAAGCAACGUCAAAGCAAUGAGGAAGUGUGUGUGUUUUUGUGCGAGAGAGAUAGAGGGGGUAGAGAGAGAAAGAGCAUGGGAGGAGACCAAUGCGCACAUUGCGCAUGUGCAGACGGUGAGAUCUGUGCUGCGGUGGAGCAGAGACUGGACACACACCGCUAAAGAGAUGGCGCGGCACCCGACCGGAGCGCAGGGACAGCUGGUUGGCGACGGGGGGGCUUGAAAUACAAAGAGAAGCAAAUCUAUGGUUUUUAAAAGAAAAAAAAAACAGAUAAGAAGAAAAAGAACGGAUUUUAAAGAGAAGUUUCAUUCCUAGGUGGAAAAAAAAGCGUCUCCAAAAAAAAAGGUAGGAGAUUAAUCCAAUAUUGUUACACAGAAGAGGUGAUAGCAGACGAGGCUGAUGCGAGGAGGACACAAACAGCAACAAAAGAAAAUUGAACUUUAUUGGACGUGUGGAUUUCUGGACAUCAGCUAAGAGCAGUAGGUCAGAUAGAUGGUUUGUCCACAGCGCUGCCCGGAUCAUGAACGCGCAGCUGUCGAUGGAAAAUAUAGGCGACCUGCAUGGAGUGAGCCAUGAGUCUGUCGCCGGGCAUGGAGAGCUGCUGAGCGGCCACAGUCCGCACUCCCGUCCGAGCCCGCGGGGCUUGAGCCACCGCGCCAUGGGCAUGGCGACCCUCCUGGACAGCGGAGACUAUCACCCAGGCCACCCGGGACACCUGCAUCCAGCCAUCAGCAUGUGCGAAGCCCCCCACGGCAUGAGCGCGAGCACCACCUACACCACCCUGACCCCUCUACAACCGUUACCCCCCAUCUCCACCGUGUCUGACAAAUUUCCUCCCCAUCACCACCACCACCAUCCCCACCAUCCGCAUACACAUCCCCACCAGAGGAUCCCCGGGAAUGUCAGCGGCAGCUUCACGUUGAUGCGAGAGGACCGGAGUUUGGCGCCUAUGAACAGUCUGUAUCCUGCGUAUCAUCACAAAGAUCCCUGCAUGGGCCAGAGCCUCUCCCCGCUCUCUGGCUCCGGGCUGGCCAGCAUACACACGUCCCAAGCCGGCAUCCCUCCCUACGCACAUCCAGGCGCUGCCAUGCCCGGGGAGAAGAUGCUCACACCUAAUGGGUUCGAGGCUCACCAUCCGGCCAUGCUCAGCAGACACGCCGAGCAGCACAUGAGCUCCUCCGCAGGCAUGGUGCAAAUCAACGGCCUGCAUCACCACCCGCACGCCCACCUUAGCGCGCAGGGCCACGGCCAGGGGCUGGGUAACAGCCGGGAGCAGGCCUCCGGGCCUGGGCACCAAGGGGGCGGCGCUGGGGGUGGAGGAGGUGGUGGUGGUGUUUCUGGCGGCCAGAUGGAGGAGGUGAAUACCAAAGAAGUAGCGCAGAGGAUCACCACGGAGCUGAAGCGUUACAGCAUCCCUCAAGCCAUCUUUGCUCAGCGGGUCCUGUGCAGGUCUCAGGGGACCCUGUCCGACUUGCUGAGGAACCCCAAACCCUGGUCAAAGCUCAAGUCCGGCAGAGAGACCUUCCGUCGCAUGUGGAAGUGGCUGCAGGAGCCUGAGUUCCAGCGCAUGAGUGCACUCAGGCUCGCAGGUGAGCGAAGCCUCGCUUGCAAGCGCAAAGAGCAAGAUCACGGCAGAAGUGAGCGAGGGAACGUGACCAAGAAGCCCCGGCUAGUGUUCACAGACGUGCAGCGGCGGACGCUCCAUGCCAUCUUCAAGGAGAACAAGCGUCCAUCCAAAGAGCUGCAGCUCACCAUUGCCCAGCAGCUGGGCCUCGAGCUGGCCACGGUCAGUAACUUCUUCAUGAACGCUAGGCGCCGGAGUCUGGACAAGUGGGUGGACGAUGGCUCCGGUCAUGCAGUCAACUCGGGGCCCAACGCCUGCACCAAAGCCUGAAGUUGUACUGACCUGAACAACUCAUGGACUGACUCAACCUCGGUGGAAAAGCUUUAAAAAUUUCAGAGAAACAAAGAAAACUUAAAGACCUUGAAGCUACGUUUUGCCCUUAAACCUGUACUAUAUUGAUAUUUAUAGUAUCCAAAGAUGAAAAACAAACCAAAGACUUCUUGUUUGACCUGCUUUACAAUGUUUGUUUCAGCAACAUAUUUUUGUGUAAAAUACUGCAAAAAGACGUUACUCACACCCAUAUACACACACACACACACACACAGACAUACUCACAAACACACACACAGGUCUUUAGCUUUACUAUAACCCCUCACCUCCCUACUGUGUAUCAAUCUAUCAUUUGCCAUCCUUAUCUCUAAUCUGAUUGGUUGGUUUUAAUGAUGGGUCCCCAAGUGGAGGUUUAAUCAGCCUACUGGCAGUGUUGUCUGCAGCUGUCCACAGCCUGGAAAAAAAAAAGAUCUUUAAAAAAACAAAAAACAGGGAUGAAUGUGGAGUUCCAGUGGGAUUGGCCAAUCAACUUUAAAGGGAAAAAAAAGAAUCAUCCUGCAGGAGCGACUGGAUUGUUCUGCAACUCUGUUUGGACCGGUGGCUUGGACUGUCUGACUCCCUGUAUGUCUGUUUGUCUGUCUGUAUUUCAGUCUGUGCAGUCGUCUGUCAUUCUAUCAAGCAUUCCAGACAGAUGGGGACAGGAAAUGUCCAUUGGUAGACUGCUAACCCAAACCCAAAGAGUGUGAACCAAACCAAACAGGAGAAAAACCAUACAGUGGUGCUUUCCUCCAACAUGCUCAAGCAUAAAGUUAUGAAAAUAAGAGAAUCUUUUGCUCUUUUAGUGUCAAGCCUCUCGUGCAGAGCAGAAAUAACAUUUACAAAUACCAAAGAAUAUAUUUUGUAGAUGAUCAUCAAGCAUGGGCAGGUUGACAUUAUCUCAAUAUGAUAACUGUAAUUUUAACAGUAUAGUUUCAACUUAAUGUAUUUACCAAAGGUUUAAAGUAAAUAUCUAUCCGUUUAUUAACUCCGUUUUUGAUCAUUUAAAAUAAUGUUUAUAACAGUUACUGUAACAUAAGUUAUUAACUUAUUUAUUUAACUUCUGGUACUAAGAGUUUCAGUAAUUGCAUAGUGUUUCUACUUUAUUACUAUAGUGCAAAAUAAUAUCUUUUUACCAUUUUGUCAUGACUGUAUGAGUCAAUUACUUUUUUCUGGCAGCUGAGCAGCAGUAUAUAGAAACAGGUGGGGGAGGGUAGAGUUCCAUUUCAGUGGCUCCAGAAGCUUAGGGUUGGGACUGCAACUGGGAUCACAACUCAGCAACUAUAGAGUCUUUAUAACCAGAAAUGCAAUGUUGAUAACCAAAGGAUAAAAUGAUGAAGCAUAAAUAACCUGCAGAAAAGAGCAAAAUAGAUAAUCAGCCCAUGCUUAACAACACAUAUUUUUUUUACAUUUUUGUGUUACUGUGCUCUCUGAGAAACCUAUUCACCCCUGUACCCCAAAACAAAAGAAUAUUAUUCCGUAUUAUGACAAAAUAAAAAACCUUUUAACUAUAAAUCUACCCAUAGCCAAACCUUGAAUAUAAUUGCGUUACUACCAUCCUAUUUCAGUUCCUCAGCCAGCCAAAGCACUAAUGUGUAAAGCAUUGUGAGAUAAAUCAGCAGCUCUAGUUUAUGCAUUCAAUAGUGUGUUUUCUGUCUAGACGUGAAAGCACAAACUGGUGGCUCUGUGUGUGACAGAUAGCCUCUGAUGUUUUUUUAAGGACAAACUGUGUCACCACCUUCAUAAUCAGCACUGAGUGUCACUCCAUCAUCCCCACAUGCUUCACGUGAAUUUGAUUUGAUCUCCUCAUCAAAGAUGUACAGCAGAGAAGAUGAUAUCAAUGAUCGAAUCACUUUCAGGCGCUUACAAAGCAAUGUCACCUCCUCACCUGAAUACAAAGAAGCGUACCGCCGCCUCUUUACAGAAGCUUCCUGCCAAGUCUGCCCCCCCCCCCAACUCACACACACACACACAUCCUUACCCUUCCUCCCUUCUCCUGGGAGGUUAUGCAUCUGAGCACUCGGAGGAAAGCACUACAUGGGCCUGGCUUGGGUUGGCACAGCAUUAAAUGUGCUAAGCUGAGCUCCUCCUCUCGACUGGGGUUAGCAGAGCUACAUUCAUCACAACACAAAUCCAAAGGAGAGGAAAGCAGAAGCGGCUUCUCCUUCACCUCUGAGAGAAAAACCAAAAAUAUGACAAGAGACAAAAAAAUGUUAAGAUCUACUGAUGUUUUGUUUGUUUUUUUUCCUAGUGUGAACCAAAGAUGCUACCUCACUCAAGUUCCAUAUGUGAUUUCUAUCACUUUUGAUGAUACCAAAGAUAACCAAAGAUUUUUUCUAAUUGCACGGCCUCUGUGAGUGGUGUUCAAAGCAGUGUGAUGUAUGUGACCUCUCCCCCCUUUUUAUUUUCCCCUGUGUUUUUGCUCCUGGCCUGUCCUUCUCCCUUUUCCAGAACCUCCAACCUGCAAUCAGCCCAUGCAUCCUCUUUUUCUGCAUACUCCUGCUUAAUAUUUGCUCCGAUUACAGCUCCAUAGAUAGCCCUGCUGAUGCAGAUAAAAGGCAGACAUGCUGAUCCAGCCGUAGAUGCACACGACCGUCCAUGCAGGUGCCUGCAGAGUAGAUUUGUAGUAGCAUGAUCUUUUUUUGAGCAGAAAUGAAUCCAUGCAUACUCAUUUUUUUUUAUUUGUGGCCAGUUAAUGUGUAAAUGAUCGCAUGAAGCUACAUUUCUAGCUUGAUCUAUGAAUUCGUUUUCAAAUAGAAUUUGGAUUUAAACCACUGUGCUGUGAAAAAAAGUAUUUGCCCCCUUUCUAAAUUCUUCUGUUUUUGAUUCGUCAUUUACAAAAGUUUAAUAUCAUCAAAAGUAAUUCACAAUCAAAUAUAAAGAAGUGGAUAAAUACAAAAUGCAGUUUUCAAAUGGUGUUUAUUAAGGGAGGAAUGCUUUCAAACCAGUCUGAUCCUAUGUGAUAAAGAACUACCCCUUUACAUAACCAGUUAUCCUAAAUACAUAUAUGGAAGGAAAAUGUAUAUCUUCUUUAAACACUUAGAUUGUCAUUUACAGGAUGGAACAUUUUUUACCUAUUCUUUUCUGCAGGAUUAUUUCUAAUUCAGUAGCUCUGGGGGCUUUCAGAUCAUAAAGUGCCUGCAUAUGCUGUAGAAUCAAUUGAAUAUUAAGGCCUAGACAAUGGGCCAAUCUAAAAGUCUUGAUUUGUUUGUUUUUUGUUUAUCUUUGAUGUUGUCCUACUGGUCUGAUUUGGAUCAACAUCCUGCUGUCUUGGUUUAACUGGUGGAUCUAUUGUGAAAUGCUGUUUAGUUUCACACCAGAUGUAGAAGGACAGUGAAUAUUUAACCAAAAGUAAUAGGGAUCACAGAAAGUUUUUUUUUUUUAUCUGAAUGGUGAGAAGGGCAUCUGUGCUCUUUUUGGUCAUUUUUAGCCUUGCAUGUUGAUCAGGUGCCAAUUUCUCUUCUCGUUCUUAUUGGUGAAUAAGAAUGAGUUUGUGAGCUGCAGUGUUUUAGCUGUAGUUCUGUGUUUUGGUUUGACCUCCUGCAUGAUUGGUUAAUGCAGCCUGUAGUCAUUUUUCUGUUGGCCAAUCACCCCCCCAUUGUUGAGGAUGAUGGUUCUCACUGUGUUUAACUGGAAGGUCAAAUCAAUAGAAGUCGUUUAGUUACCCUUUCCUUACUGAUAGAGGUGAGUUAGUUUGUAAGAAGCUGUUUCUUUCAGAAAGGCUCAGGAGUUUUGCUCUUUUAUAUAUUUUAUCUACGAUUCAUUUAGAGAUCUUUUUACUAUAUUUCCUGAUUUCUACACUUCCUGUAGUCGUCCAUCCGGGGUUAAAGUUAGUGGAACUAAACCAAAGUAUGCUUUGGUUGCAUGGGGUAUAUUUUCCCAAAAGCCUGGAUGAUUUAUAUAACAUUUCUUUUCCUUAAAGAAAUCAGUAUUUGAAAACUGCGUUUAAUAUUUACAUGGAUUCUAUUUUUUAAUCUAAAAAAGAUGAGAUCUUCUAAAAUAUUUAGGUGUAAAAAGCAUAAACUGCAGUAAGAAGACAUCUAGUUUUUCACAGUACAGUAGGUUCCCUAUGACACUUUCUUUUCUUUCGACUGGCCCCUGCCUUUUUAGUUUUGCAUAUAUUGAUCCAACUAAUAAGUCAGACAUCUUCACAUGACCGCAGGCAGACGGCCUGACAUAGCCAUGGGCAGAAUCACUGAUUCAACUAUAGGCAGACAUGUUCCUGAAAGUAGAAGCAGAUAUGUUGCAAUCUUUCUAGAACUCUAACAAAGCAAACAAACAACAAAAAAAACUCCCAGGAUGAGUGCCUUGCUUGAACCAAAGUGUUUAACCGCUGUUGACCUCUCAAUUCUGACUCUGUGAAUACCUCAGCCUGUAGAAGGGCCACAACUGAAGAGACAAGGAUUUUUUUUCUCCUUUCUUCUUUUUUUUCUUCCUCUUAUUUUUUGUUUUGUGAUUCACACCGUGGUGCUUUCACCGGCACAACCAUGCAAUGAAAACAUACCAAAGGCUUUUCUGUUGUCCACUUCUACAGAUCAAACCAAAGGUCUUAGUUUCUCGCCUCCCUCUGUCCCGCCCCCCUCCUCUAUCCCAACCUUUCUUCCUUCUCUCUCUGCUGUGUGUAGGAAGGUCCAGCACUCUGGCCGUGCAUGUCUUUUACCAGUGUCUCUGAAUACCUCAUAGUGAUAAUUCCUUUGAGUUCUGCAUCAAGACGUCUUAUCUGUGAGUAAGGUAGAACUUCAACUGUGUGGUAUUUGAUAUCGAUUCUUCAAAAAGCUGAUAAUCUAUUUUCAGGCUGUUAUUUGUUGUUUUCUUUUGGCAAAAGUGCUCUGUUUCAAAACAAAGAGGACAAAGUUUCAGGGUUGAUGAGAAACUUAAAGGAUGGAGGAGGGAGAAGUGUAUUUUUUAUCAGACAUUUGGGGGUUAUGCCAAUAUUAUGAUGUAGAUGAUUGCUUUUACAGGGUAAAACCAACUGCUGUGAUGUUGUGUUCCUACUUUCUCUUCUACCUACUACUGUGUUGUGAUUUUAAUUUAAUUGCGUUUUUGUAUGGGUUCUUUAAUUUAUGCAUUUGUAGAAGCUCUAGAUUUGUACAUAUUAGGGUUUUUUGGGGGAGGGGAAACAAAUGAAAC